AUGCUAAGGUCCAUCCUUUACUGCUUACUUGCAUGGAGCGCCUUGUUUGCACUUUGUGCUACUACGGGCCUUGCUUCAUCACCUUCUCGAGAUGAACAAGUGGAAGGGUUCUUUAGUCAGAGUGGCCAUACCAAUAAUUGGGCAGUGCUGGUAUGCACCUCACGGUUCUGGUUCAAUUAUCGUCAUGUCGCCAACACGCUUUCCAUGUACCGCACCGUCAAACGAUUGGGUAUUCCCGACUCGAAUAUUAUUCUUAUGUUAGCGGACGACGUUUCAUGUAAUCCUCGCAACAAAUAUCCAGCAACCGUAUACAACAAUGCAGCACGUAUUUUGGAUCUUUAUGGUGAUAACGUUGAGGUUGACUAUCGUGGAUAUGAAGUUACUGUCGAGAAUUUCAUUCGCAUGCUUACUGGACGUGUGUCCCCCGAUACCCCACGAUCAAAACGUCUUUUAUCCGAUGAUCGGUCCAACGUUCUUAUUUACAUGACAGGCCAUGGUGGCGAUGAGUUUUUAAAAUUCCAGGAUGCCGAAGAAAUUAGUGCAUAUGAUCUCGCUGACUCUUUUGAACAAAUGUGGGAGAAGAAGAGAUACAACGAAAUGCUCUUCAUGAUUGACACCUGCCAAGCCAACACAAUGUAUAGCAAGAUUUACUCUCCCAACAUUUUGGCAACUGGAAGUAGUCGAUUAGGCGAAAGCUCGUACUCGCAUCAUACGGAUCAUGAUUUGGGUGUAGCAGUAAUCGACGGAUACACUUAUUACAAUCUCGAGUUCCUUGAGAAAAUUGAUAUGACAAGCGACAAAACUUUGAAGAAUCUGGUAAACAUUAUUUUUUUUAAUUUCUUAUUGUGCAACAUAAUUCUAUUGACUGACGUAUAA